GUUUCCUAUUUCACCUCAGUGUCCAGGCAGCAAGAAUUUGAAGGCUCCACAACAUCCGUGAUCUCUUUAUAUUCCAUCACAUAUUUUGUCACUAUAACGUUUUCCAUUAUAUCAUGCCUCAGGUAACUAUAGUUUUCUGAAAGCAUAUUCCAUUAAUAAGCUUUAGAGAGUGCAAAUUGUUGUCUUGUGAGACUAUGUUUUUUUAAUUAUUUUUUAUUUCACUGAUUAUGUGUAACUACAGAAGAAAAAAUGGGUUUAAUUAUUUAUCAAGCGUGCAGUUUCUUGUGUUUUUCAAAUGACUAUAUGGCCAAAAUAGCAAAAUUCAUUGUAUCAAACUGAUACUGCAAAUCACUAGUCACAUUAGACAAGUAUGUUGUGACUUUGACCUUUUUGUUUUAUAUGUAGGGGGGAUAACAAAAAAGUUAAAACAAAAAGGGGUUAAUAUAACCUUAACGGAAACUAUAAGAGUAUUCAGGUCUCCCCCCCUGCAAACCCCCUAAUAGACAGUAAACGUGUUUUUAAAAAAAUAAAGCUUUAGUUACUUUUCUCUAGUGCUAGGGCUUUCCUUUUGCUGCUUACCUCUCCACCUCCCAUGGUGUGGUCAAAUACAAUGCUCCUCGUAGAAGAGCAUUGGGGACCUCAAUUCCAUCCUAAGGUCUGUUGCUCUUGUGCACAAAAAAUACCUUUUUUUUUUUUUUUUUACUUGUCCUCCAGUCCUAAUUUACUAGCCCUCUCAUGCUGAAUGACCCCCCCAUACCCAUACUUACUAUUUUAUAAUGAGACUUACCUACAAUGUCAAUUAGAAAUGGGCAAAUCCUCUUGUCAGCCUUAGGAGCCACAAUGACCAGAGUCGUACCAAGGUUUUUUGACACCCGAGAGGGGAUUUUUUUUUUGUGUGUGUGUGUGUGGCAGUCUACUCCUGUUAUUUAUUUUUUGUGUAUCAGUCUAUUCCUGUUGUAUUUCUAUGCACCUCCCACAUCCUCUUGUGGAUCUCCUGACUCUUCUUGUGUGUGUCUUCUAUCCCCCUCUUAACACUUUGUACAUCUCUUAAUCCACUCUUAUACAGGGAGUGCAGAAUUAUUAGGCAAGUUGUAUUUUUGAGGAUUAAUUUUAUUAUUGAACAACAACCAUGUUCUCAAUGAACCCAAAAAACUCAUUAAUAUCAAAGCUAAAUAUUUUUGGAAGUAGUUUUUAGUUUGUUUUUAGUUAUAGCUAUGUUAGGGGGAUAUCUGUGUGUUUAUACCCUUUCUUGCCAGCCACGCUGUGGAGUACUUGGACGCGUGUGAUGGAGCAUUGUCCUGCAUGAAAAUCAUGUUUUUCUUGAAGGAUGCAGACUUCUUCCUGUACCACUGCUUGAAGAAGGUGUCUUCCAGGAACUAGCAGUAGGACUGGGAGUUGAGCUUGACUCCAUCCUCAACCCGAAAAGGCACCACAAGCUCAUCUUUGAUGAUACCAGCCCAAACCAGUACUCCACCUCCACCUUGCUGGCGUCUGAGUCGGACUGGAGCUCUCUGCCCUUUACCAAUCCAGCCACGGGCCCAUCCAUCUGGACCAUCAAGACUCACUCUCAUUUCAUCAGUCCAUAAAACCUUAGAAAAAUCAGUCUUGAGAUAUUUCUUGGCCCAGUCUUGGCGUUUCAGCUUGUGUGUCUUGUUCAGUGGUGGUCGUCUUUCAGCCUUUCUUACCUUGGCCAUGUCUCUGAGUAUUGCACACCUUGUGCUUUUGGGCACUCCGGUGAUGUUGCAGCUCUGAAAUAUGGCCAAACUGGUGGCAAGUGGCAUCGUGGCAGCUGCACGCUUGACUUUUUCUCAGUUCAUGGGCAGUUAUUUUGCGCCUUGGUUUUUCCACACGCUUCUUGCGACCCUGUUGACUAUUUUGAAUGAAACGCUUGAUUGUUCGAUGAUCACGCUUCAGAAGCUUUGCAAUUUUAAGAGUGCUGCAUCCCUCUGCAAGAUAUCUCACUAUUUUUGACUUUUCUGAGCCUGUCAAGUCCUUCUUUUGACCCAUUUUGCCAAAGGAAAGGAAGUUGCCUAAUAAUUAUGCACACCUGAUAUAGGGUGUUGAUGUCAUUAGACCACACCCCUUCUCAUUACAGAGAUGCACAUCACCUAAUAUGCUUAAUUGGUAGUAGGCUUUCGAGCCUAUACAGCUUGGAGUAAGACAACAUGCAUAAAGAGGAUGAUGUGGUCAAAAUACUCAUUUGCCUAAUAAUUCUGCACUCCCUGUACAUUGUGUGUCUUAGCUCCCCCAUAUCUUUUGUUACUCCUAACUUCCUUUUUUCCCGUGCAUGUUUUUAACCCUUUCUUUCUCCUUGAUUGUCUCUCAACCACCUCCUUACUUCUUUUAUGUGUCACUGACCUGGAAGGCAGUUUAGGAGCUAGAACCCAAUAGAAGCAAACAAUACACCCUUACAAGCACAACCUUUAGGGAAAUCAGGAAAUAAGGGUAGGAUCCUAGGAGAUCUGUGGUGGCAUUGCAGCUUUAUUAAUAAAACAAAAGCCAAGCGAGGUGUUCAAGAGGAGCAGAAAAAAAUAUAUGAGAUGGUCCAAUGUCAGAGCAGGCAAAAAAAGUCAAUAAUGGGUAACCCAAGCCAAGUUCAAGUAGUUGGAAGAUCCAUUAAUGCUGGGACCAGGGUAGGACCAGGUAUGCAUUGCAGGAACAGGAUCUGGUUCUGGGUCAGGAACUGUGGAAGAGUUAACCUUAGCCAAAGGUUCAUAAUAACCAGACACCGGACUGAGCCUGCUCAGAGCUUGUUUAGGGGCUUCCUGUUCAUGAGGACAGCAUAUUCCUGGAGGUGGAGUUCCUUAUCGGACAGGGAGUUCUGAGUAGCACACAGAAAGUGGCCAGAGUUUCUGUAUAUGAGGCUCAGUCCCCACCUCUUCCACUCUAGUUCCCUGUCUGACCAAACUGAGGAAUAUGAAGAUCUUCAAGCAGUGAACUUCAGGGCAUUGAGAAAAUUAGAUUUCACUAGAAGCCUGCCCUAAGUGAGUUCAUCUAAGAGACUGUCAGCCUUGCAUACAUGCUCACCAAGCCGGCAUAACUCCCCUAUGCUGAUAGGCCUGUCCCAUUUCAGGGCAGCAGAGCACUUCAUCGACAUCCCUCUUGUGGUACCCCCAUCACCAGUCCUGCAUCCACAUUUACCAACAUUGGGAUGUAUGAAGAAGGUAAACAGACUCCUUGCCCUCCAUUUGUAUUUUCUUGUAAGACAAUAAUGCCAUUUGUCUUUAACCUUUAACACUUUAUAUAGUGUUUGAUGUCUCUUUUUUUUUUUUUUUUUUUUUUAGACUUGACUGUGUAAGAAGCAAAGUAUGGGUUGCUGCAUUUGGAGUAAUUUCAUCAGGGUUAGCCGUUCUGACCAGUUUUGGCUUGCUCUUACUGUGUGGUGUCCCAUUUGUGAUCACAGUAGCCAAUGCCCCAUUCCUUAUUCUAG